AUGUUUUUCUUCGGGAUUGUCGCCCUCCUCGCGGUGCCGACCCCUGCUUUCGGGGUCACCUCCAGUCUGCAGAGCAUUCUCAGGAAUACCCACGGCAGCAAGGAUUAUGGGUAUCCAACUGAUUUGACAAGGGAUUUGUUGCCUGUAAGUCUCUGCAUGAUAUUUUAUCUUGAGUCCCUCGAGAGUACCCAGACGCGAACGUUGUUAACACUGGAAUCGCGGGUCGAUUAUUGGCGAGAUGAGCCUUUCUAUACUGGCCUCUCGCACGGCUGCACAUCUACCGAAGCAGAUGUCUGGCUUUAUAACGGUACUCUUUAUGUUGGACAUGAUCAAUCCGCUCUCACAGCCUCGAGGACACUUGAAUCCUUGUAUAUCAAUCCAAUUCUAGAUGUUUUGGAGCGGCAGAACCCGGAAAGUCCGUUUGUGUCGAAGCCAACGAAGAACGGUGUCUGGGAUACCGACACUGAACAAACGUUGUAUUUCUUCAUCGACGUAAAAACAUCAGGGGUCGAAACCUUCAAAGCCGUCAUUGCCGCUUUGGAGCCUCUUCGGGAGAAGGGCUAUCUGACCACCGUGAAGGAUGGCAAAACUAUCACCAACGGACCUGUCACUGUCAUCGGCACCGGGGAAACCCCACUGGAUCUGGUCGCACCAGUCAAAGACCGCGACUACUUUUUCGAUGCACCCCUCGCAGAGCUCACCGAUGCCAAGUAUGCGGACAUCACGGGGAUCGUUUCGCCAGUCGCAUCGACCGAUUUCCAAAAGGCCGUUGGCAAGAUCACAAGAGACACAGACCCGAUCCUCGGAGAUGCUCAACUUCAGACUCUGCGCGACCAAAUCUCGACAGCGAAUGAGCGGGGCAUUGGGGCUAGAUAUUGGAAUACCCCGUACUUCCCGAUUCGAGCCCGAAACCUAGUCUGGAGGACUCUCCUACGGGAAGGUGUCAUCCUGCUUAACGCCGAUGACCUAGAUGCUGUCACUGCACUCUUCUAA